GCUAGCCGCUGACAGAACGCUCUCGCCAUUGGGUCGGGAGGAAUGUAAACCCUCUCCGAGGUACGGGGGAGCUCAUUGGUUGGUAGAAAAACUGCAGCCAGUGAUUGGCUAGGUGGGGGAGCACCGUGAGCCAUUAUUGGUCCAGAGUGGAAUCUAGCAGCGGAUGGCUGGAGUAGGGAGUGCAGUGCCGCAAUUGGCGGGAAGUAGAGCGGUCGAUUAGCCGCGGUCCCUGUCUGGCGAGGCGGGGCAGUACGGGCCUGCGGAGGGAACCGGAGGAGGUAACCGGAAUUCUCCCGCCUUGCAGCCCCAUUGGCCUUUCCCAGCCGAGUAGUGUCCCGCAGCUGAUUGGCGGAACUGGAAAGCUUUUACCAAUGAUGAUCUCCCCGCGAUUGGCCCUUCGCUGCUCCCGGGCGCGCGUUAGUCCGGCGGCCAAUCAGCGAGCGGCUAGCGCGGGCCGCGGGGGACGGGACGGCAGAGAGCGGCGCUCCCAUUGGCUACGCGCCAAUGGAUUGUGGUUUGAAUCGGCGGCGCCGAGCGGGAGUAAUGGCCAAGUAUAAGAAAUGCAGACGAAAACACAGAGCCCAAGCAAAAUUCCUACAGGAAAAAAAAAGAAAUGCUGCAAACUCCCAGGGCUCAGGUUGUUCUCCACGGUCAGCAGGUGAUCUUCCUCUGAACACAUCAUCUGUCCCAAGCCAUCUGUCCUCACUCUGGUCACUAGCCUUGCCCAGUGUGAAAAACGUGGUAAAACCCUUCACAACAACAGUGUCAUUUUUGUACUGUUGGUGCCAGAAUGCAGUUGCACAGAGUUUUAAGGUGGUUAAAGACACCAUAUUUCCAUCACAAAUCUACUUAAGAGAGCUAAAUAUGUUCAGAGAGCAGCUGAAAAAGUUGGAAACUGAAUUUUCCAGACUACAGGGAACACUCCAGAUGAAUGGAACCACAGCCACGUCUUCAGAAAAUUCUCUUUGUCAAAAGUGUAAUAAACCAGUUGUGGGUGCUCCUGUACCAGUGCAGAUGGGGCUGCCCUCACCAGUAUCCAGGCCUUCUGCAAUACAUCUGCAGCCUGCAUCUGCACCCCCUCCACCUCUUCCUCCUCCACCACCACCGCCUCCACUGCCCCCACCAAAACUGCCUCCAGCACCUCUCCUCCUCAAAAGGGGCAAUGGCUCCAAAGCACGUCUGAUACCACCAGUGAAAAAAGAUGGGCCAAUGCAGAUCACCCUCAGAGACCUCCUGAAUGUUAAACUCAGGAAGGCAGACGGCAGACACAGGAUGGACAAGGCAGAAUCACCAGUCAGGACACGCAGGGCCUUAAUUACGGUCUCAGAUUUACAGAGUGUUAGUUUGAGACCUAAAUCCACGCCAACAGCUCACGUUACAAACUCCUUAAUUACCCCUCCUAAAUAUCGCUUAGAUCUUCGAAAACAUCUGAAGAAAGUCAAUAUCCAGAGGAGUCCCGGAGGCACUCCACUAAAUGGCAAAGAAAACACAGAAUGUGGGUCUGGGUUGACGCCACUAAUGACACAGGCACUACGGCGCAAAUUUCAGAUGGCACAUCCACAGAGCCCCUCGCCUGCCCGGCUGAGUGCUGCAAACAGCUUUGAUGAACAGGAGUAGUUUAUGGAACACUGCAUUUGUCACCUCUGGUCAGGAAACCCCUCAAAUGCUGUUUUUCUCUCGCUCAGACUCAUGUAUUUGCAAGUAAAUCUUGUGUGUACAAGAACAGGACUUUAUAAACCCCCUUUGGCAGAUGUCUGCUUUUUAAAGGAAACAUCCUUCUAACGUGUUCCAGUCUGGUUGCAUCUUAAUGGAGAAAAAGCUAAGAAACUUCCCGAGUCUCUUGAUACCCAGGUGCUGCCGAGGCAGGGACUGUUCGUGCACCCAGCACCGCUGCUGCGUGUGAUAUAAAUAAGUGCAUGUGCUGAAAUUGCGUAUUGUUUUUUACUUUUUUUGCUUUUGUUUUACAAAACCGAUCCUGACGGUAACUGCACAGGUUGAAAGGGAAGCAGCAGCUCAGCGCUGCUGGCUCUGCCACAGCCCGGUUCACCAGGAGCUGCGCUGGCGGACGGGCCCUGCCGCCGCCGGAGCCGCUCUCCUGGGGGGCAGCGGCGGAGCAGAGCGCGACCCGGCUCUGUUCUAAGCCCCAAUCCCGCACCCGAAGCUCCAGCACCGAUCACGGCCCCGCCGCGCCCGCGGCACCGGCUGAGUCCCACCCCCGGGGCGGGCCACGCAUGCGCGGGGCCGUGGCGCCGCCGUUUCCGGGCGGGCGCUGGCGGAGCGGGGCCAUGCCGCUGGCGGGCGGGCUGCCCGCGGGGGCGGGAGCGGCCGUGGGGCCCAUGAGCUUGCGGGAGCUGCUGCUGACCGCCACGGCCGCCGCCGAGGGGGGCGGCGCGGCGGGCGGUGGCGAUAAGGAGGUGUGCGUAGUGGGCAUCUUCGGGAAGACGGCGCUGCAGCUGUGCUCGGAGAAGGAGGCCCUGGUGAGCACCGUGUGCGACCGGCAGGUCUUCCCCCUCUUCGAGGAGGACGACCCCGACCUGGCGGACGGCUCCCUGGGGGAGGAGAUCGACCCGGCCGCCAAGGACUACAACCAGUUGCAGGCCUACUACAGCCAGGAGAACCGGGUGCUGUUCCUGGUGCUCACCUCCAUCUGUGACACGCCGCAGCUGCUGCGGGCAUGUGGGGACCUGGCGGCGGCCGAAAGCAGGGAGACCGGGCCCGGCCAUCCCUCCGGUGGCCCCUCCCCGCUGUCCCACGCUGAGGCCCACGAGUUCUGGAAGCACCAGGAGAAACUGCAUUGCCUGAGCCUCCUCUACCUCUUCUCUGUCUGCCACAUCCUGCUGCUGGUGCACCCCACCUGCUCCUUCGACAUUACCUAUGACCGCGUCUUUAGGGCACUGGAUGGGCUGCGGCAGAAGGUCUUGCCCUCCCUGAAGGCUGCCAUCAAAGACUGCCCGAUUGGCAAGGAAUGGAAGCUCAACUGCAGGCCCUGCCCUCCACGCCUCCUCUUCCUCUUCCAGCUCAACGGAGCCCUGAAGGUGGAUCCCCUCCCAAGCAGGGGCCAGGACCCCUGUGGUCACCUGGAAAAGCCACCCCCCAAGAAGCACUCCCCCAAGAGGAGGCUGCAGCAUGCUCUGGAGGAUCAGAUCUACCGCAUCUUCCGCAAGAGCAGGGUGUUAACCAACCAGAGCAUCAACUGCCUGUUCACCGUGCCUGCUAACCAGGCGUUUGUGUACAUUGUGGCUGGUGGGGUCCUGGAUGGAGACGAUCCAGUGGCCAUGCUUCUUGACCAACUCAGGAACAACUGCACCAUGAGAGAGACUGACUCGCUGCUGGCUCCCACCCUGUCAGGACCCAGGAGGUAUCAGAUGAUGCGGCACGGCAGGCAGCAGCUCUCCUUCCAUGCAGAGAGCAGCAGCAGCUCCAGCUCCUCUGGGCAGCUUGUGGACUGCACCCUUAAGGAGUUCUUGUGGCAGCACGUGGAGCUAGUGCUCAGCAAGAAGGGCUUUGAUGACAGUGUGGGGAGGAACCCGCAGCCUUCUCACUUCGAGCUCCCAACCUACCAGAAGUGGGCUGCUGCAGCUUUAAAACUGUAUGAAGUGACCAUUGAAGGCAAAGAUGAUGACCCGACCACUGGGGAGCUGAGCUCAAAAAUCAUGGGCAGCAUCAAAGUCUUGGAAGGCUAUUUAGAUAUAGACACCAAAUUCUCUGAAAACCGUUGCCAGAAGGCUCUCCCCAUGGCCCACAGCGCCUAUCAGUCCAAUCUGCCCCACAACUACACCAUGACAGUCCACAAGAACCAGCUGGCACAGGCCUUGCGUGUGUACAGCCAGCAUGCCCGUGGCCCGGCCUUUCAUAAGUAUGCCAUGCAGCUGAACGAGGACUGCUACAAGUUUUGGAGCAACGGGCAUCAGCUCUGCGAAGAGAGAAGUUUAACUGACCAACACUGUGUGCAUAAGUUUCAUCUGCUCCCAAAAGCAGGGGAAAAGCCAGAAGCAGACAGAAAUCCUCCAGUUCUGUACCACAACAGCCGGGCUCGUUCCACUGGUGCCUGUAACUGUGGAAGGAAACAAGCUCCACGGGAUGAUCCCUUUGAUAUCAAAGCAGCGAAUUAUGACUUCUACCAGCUGCUGGAAGAAAAAUGCUGUGGGAAACUGGAGCACAUCAACUUUCCUGUAUUCCAGCCAAGCACACCUGAUCCGGCGCCUGCUCGGGAUGAGUCGUCGCCUGCCCCUCCAGAAGGCGAGAUUGAGAAACUCAAAGAAAAAGAACCUCAGACUCAGGGGGAAAGCACAGGCCUGAGCUUAGCCCUCAGCCUGGGCCAGUCGACGGGCAGCUUGGGCACUUACCCACCCGAUGCCCAGGGUGGAGGGGACAACACGGAAAGUCAUGGGCAGAGUGGGGACUCCAAAAGUGAGAAAAGGCCGAGUCUGGUUGAUCGCCAGGCCUCCACUGUCGAGUACCUCCCUGGGAUGCUCCACUCCAAUUGCCCCAAAGGCCUUUUGCCCAAGUUCUCCAGCUGGUCACUGGUUAAGCUGGGGCCUGCUAAGGCUUACAACUUCCACACAGGCUUAGAUCAACAAGGCUUUAUCCCAGGAACAAACUACUUAAUGCCUUGGGACAUUGUCAUCAGGACAAGAACUGAAGAUGAAGGAGACUUAGAUACCAAUUCCUGGCCUGCACCUAACAAGGCUGUUCCUGGAAAAAGAAGCGCAGUUGUGAUGGGAAGAGGAAGACGGAGAGAUGACAUAGCUCGAGCUUUUGUAGGAUUUGAAUAUGAAGAUGCACGUGGAAGGAGGUUCAUGUGUUCAGGGCCUGAUAAGGUCAUGAAGGUGAUGGGAGGGGGGCCAAAGGAAUCUGCCAUCAAAGCCCUCAAUUCUGACAUGCCACUGUACAUCCUGUCCUCGACGCAGGGACGAGGCCUGAAGCCACAUUACGCUCAGUUCAUGAGGCUCUUCGUGGUGGUUCCUGAUGCUCCACUGCAGAUUACGCUAACGCCUCAGGUUCAACCAGGGCCACCCCCUUGCCCUGUAUUUUACCCUGAGAAGCAGGAGAUAACCCUCCCAUCUGACGGGCUGUGGGUUCUCAGAUUUCCUUACGCGUAUGUUACAGAACGUGGCCCCUGCUUUCCUCCCAAAGAAAGCCAACAACUAAUGAGUUACAAAGUUCUCCGAGGAAUACUGAAAGUGGUUACACAAUAGUAAUUAUUCUGGUAGAUUGGUUUUCAUUUUAAAAGACUAUCUUCAACCCAGAUGGAUUUUGAUUCAUGUCUGUUACCCAACAGCUAUUGCUGCAGUCUUCUUAGGGCUGCUGUAUUUUGCUGGAACACAGUCAGGUUGGAAGUAAGGUCUGAUAUCAAAGCAGAGAAAGGAAUCAGACACACAUAAAUUUUCCAUUUAUUAAAUUUUCAUAUGUAAAAAAAAUAAAAGCUGGUUGUCAAUGUGCUGAGCCUGUAUUA